AUACAAAAAGCAACAUGUCUGCGCCCACAACUUUGCACAAGUGAUAUAUAUUCUAGUCGAUUUUAAAACUACAUAUAUAUGUCUAGCUUAUGAUGAUAUACUGAUGUUAUGGAAGCCUGAUUCAAGGUAGGCUAGAAUUGGUGCCUAAUCCUAUUUAAUUGUGAUGUCCUGAGUAUGAGUUCAGUAGGAUCUCGCCUGAUUUCUUCUGUCAAGAGACUUCAACCCUGUGUCCAGGUCUACAGGAAUGUCACACGUCAGUGGAACAGAGAGUAUUCUUUGAGAAGUCAUGCUGACUACUGGAGGACCAAUCCAAUAGAAGAUCUACAGGACUUUGUGGCUGUCCCACUGAUAAAGAAAGAAAACCUUGUAUUUAACCCAACUCGGGAGGAAAUAGAGAAGGGACAUGAUCUCUUCAUAGAAAAACCAGGACAUGUCAUCAAGAGGGUAAAAUCAGUGGUGGAUCUAGAAAAACUACCAGUUCACAAUGUUCCAGAGGUAUCCUUUGUUGGCCAAAGUAAUGUCGGAAAGUCCUCACUAAUCAAUGCCUUGUUUUGUAAUGCUGUGGACCCCAGCCUAGUCAGGAUAGGUAAAACACCUGGAUUGACCAGAACUUUGCUGUUUUUCAAUGUGGGUAAGCAGCUCUCCCUGGUGGACAUGCCAGGUUAUGGUAAAAACAUGCCGUCCUACUACACAGAGAUCAUGCAGAACUACCUCAAAACCAGAAGAGAACUCUGUCGGUCAUUUUUACUUGUGGAUAGUGAGCAAGGACUUACCAAAUUAGAUAAACAGGGACUCAGAAUGAUGGAGAAUCUCGCCAAACCUUAUGCUAUUGUUAUGACAAAGAUUGACAAGCCCAGAAGAUCAGUCCUUGUGAAGAAUUUGAUGGAGGUUUUAGAGCAUGCUAACAAGCACACACAUAUCUGCUUUCCUCAGCCAUUUCUUGUUUGUGCACCUUCAUUAGCGGGGAUCAAGUACCUACAGGCUUUUAUCGCCCAUGUUACAGGGAAUUUACAGCUGAGGUGACAGACAAUUAACAGCUCAUAUAAUGAAAUUUAUAGCUCAUGUGAUAUUGAUUUUACAGUCAUGUGAUACUGAAUGUAUAGGUCAUGUUCCAAUGAAUUUACAGUUCAUGUGUCGAUGAAUUUACAGCUCUUAUGAUAAUGAAUUGACAACUCAUGUGACAGGGAAUAUACAGCUCAUGUGACAAAAAAUUUACAUCAUAUAUGACAGGGAAUUUGCAGCCCAUGUGACUAUGAAUUAACAGCUCAAAACACUGAUGUGCUGAAAUUGAAAGCAGCUGAUGUGAUAAAAAAUUUACAGCUCUGCUCCUCAAUUUACAGAUAUUUAGAUAUUCAUUUUCACAAACUAUUGUGAAGGAAUGUAAAAUAAAAUGGAGUUCACAGAAUGGAGGCCGUAAAUGGCAACCAGAGGACUGCAGACUGAGAAUCUGUGAUAGAUAAAUCAAAAACAGUACAUGAUCUAUGCUUGAUAUUUUUAUUCAAUACCAUUUCAUUUUUGUAAAAUAAAUAAGUGACAAACAAUAACAAUGUGUUUUGUGUAGGAUAAAAAAUUAUCACAGUGAAAUUUUCAAAAUACAGAAAUUUAUAAAAGUUUA